UCUGCCGUUUUCCACGCGUCGGAUAUUCUAUCGGAGCAGCUUAGGUUUGGGUGUCUUUUUCUGCUUCUCCUCGUAUCUAGCAUAAGGCUUUGCUUUUGCACAUCCACCUCCUGAAGCUUAUUACAGUUCACAAUGGCUUCCUUCGCUAAGAAGCUGGUCCGGCGGCGGGUGCUGGAUUACUCGCAGGAGGAGACGCGCUUCGCCCGCUGCCUGACCACGCUGGACCUCAUCGCGCUGGGCGUGGGCUCCACGCUGGGCGCCGGCGUCUACGUGCUGGCCGGGGAGGUGGCACGCGAGAAGGCGGGCCCCGCAAUCGUACUCUGCUUCCUCAUCGCCGCGCUCUCCUCUGUGCUGGCCGGCCUCUGCUACGCUGAGUUCGGGGCCCGCGUGCCCAAGACAGGCUCCGCCUACCUGUACAGCUAUGUGACCGUGGGUGAGAUCUGGGCCUUCAUCACGGGAUGGAACCUCAUCCUCUCCUAUGUCAUAGGCACGGCCAGUGUGGCUCGAGCUUGGAGCUCCACGUUUGACAACCUGGUAGAGCAGAAGAUCUCCAAGUUCUUCAUGGCCUCCAUGUCCAUGAAGGUCCCUGGGAACAUUCUGGCGGAAUACCCUGACCUGUUUGCCCUCAUGCUGAUUCUGCUCCUGACUGGGCUCCUGGCCUUCGGAGUGAGUGAGUCUGCUCUGGUGAGCAAGAUCUUCACGGGGAUCAACCUGGUAGUGCUGGGGUUCGUCAUCAUCUCAGGGUUCGUGAAAGGAGACACGGCCAACUGGAACCUCACACUGGACAAUUUCAUCAACACGACUAACAUCACGGAUCCCAAGUCCAUAGACGAGACUUUUGGCAAUGGGGGAUUUGCUCCAUUCGGAUUUACCGGGGUUCUAUCUGGUGCUGCUACCUGCUUUUAUGCCUUUGUGGGAUUUGACUGCAUAGCCACUACAAGUGAGGAGGCCAAGAACCCGAUGCGCUCCAUUCCCAUCGGCAUUGUGGCCUCGCUGCUCAUCUGCUUCUUCGCCUACUUCGGCGUCUCGGCCGCGCUCACGCUCAUGAUGCCGUACUACAUCCUGAACAUGCACAGCCCGCUGCCGGAGGCUUUCAGCUACGUGAACUGGGGCCCUGCUCGCUACAUCGUGGCCGUGGGCUCGCUCUGCGCCCUGUCCACCAGUCUCCUGGGCUCUAUGUUCCCCAUGCCGCGGGUCAUCUACGCCAUGGCUGAGGAUGGUCUCCUCUUCCGCUUCCUGUCCAACAUGAACAAGAGGACCAAGACGCCCCUGCAGGCCACCAUCGCGUCGGGUUGUGUGGCAGCUGUCAUGGCCUUCAUCUUUGACCUGGCCGCUCUGGUGGACCUCAUGUCCAUCGGCACCCUCCUGGCGUACUCGCUCGUGGCCGUGUGCGUCCUCAUCCUCAGGUACCAGCCGGGCAGCCUGAGCUCCGCCAGUCAGUGCGAGAAGCUGAUGGAGCUGGUGGAGGAGAAGGUGACGGCGACGGACAGCGGGGACGAGGACGCCCCCCCGGAGGAGCCCCUGCCCCUGAAGGAGCACUUCUCCAUCCGGCUGCUGCUGAAGCCCAGCUCCGACUCGCCCACCAAAAUCUCGGGGGGCAUCGUCUACGGCGUCACAGCCGCCAUCUCGGUGCUCUUCACCCUGCUGUGCAUGCUCCUGGCACUCCAGGGACAUCAGGUGCUACAGUGCCACCCUCUCUGGCUGACGCUGUGCAUCACUCUGGCCCUGCUGUCCGUCGUCUGCAUUCUCAUCAUCUGGAGGCAGCCCGAGAGCAAGGAGACGCUUACCUUUAAGGUGCCGCUGCUCCCCGUGCUGCCCCUCAUCAGCAUCUUCGUUAACGUCUACCUCAUGAUGCAGCUGGAUCUGGCCACCUGGGGUCGCUUUGCAGUGUGGAUGGCUGUGGGGUUUUUGAUCUACUUCACGUAUGGCAUCUGGAACAGCAUCGAAGCUGGCCAGAGCUCCAGGGGGGUGGGGGCGCCUGCGCUGCGUGCGAAGGAGCCCAUCUACCAGGGUGUCAAUGUCACCGACAUGGAGGACAUGUGACCGUCCCCUCCGGCACCCCAGACCCGGCGCAUCCCCUGUUCUGAACCUUGAAGUACGGAUCCUCUGCAUAGUCUUUCAGUUAGAGUCUAAUUAACGUGUUUCUGCAAGGCCAGUGGCUUCUAUACCAUCUGUUGAGACUUUAUGUACUUGGACAAUCAAAACAGAAACUCCAAAGUCCAGCCCCCUGUCCAUGGAGCAUAAGUUCUGUCGGUUCUGGUCCCAACCUCUGACCUUCUGUCUGCAGCCCAGGGGUCGUGACUGUGUUCCUGGACCUGCAGUCAGGACUCCACGCUGCACGGUUUUCAUGGCAAAACUUAGUGCCUGAAGUGGGUCAGUACUCACCUUAUGUCGUACCGAUACCAAUCCCAUCAGAGUAUCAUAAUUUACCUAGUACUGCAUAACAAGGUGAGUACUGGCACCUGUUUUUUCUAGCACUGAAGAAGCUGAUGGCAUCUUUGGUACUGGGGAGCGGGAUUGGUGUGGGAUCUGCCUUGCACGUCUCCCUCUACUUGAGGUGUUUCCACUCGAGAACUUGACAAGCUGAGGUUAAAGUUACAGAUUCUCACCUGUUAGCUGAUGUUGAAAACGUCACUACUUUUUUUUUUUUUUUCUUUUACUACAUAAGAUUUUUUUCAAAAUUGCAGAUGCUGUGCUUUAUUUAUUCUGACAAAUUGCCCGUGUAUAUAUUUAUGUGUUUGUGUGUUUGUUCACAUUUCUUUGUACAGGAUAUCCUGGUUUGUCGUUCCGUUUCUUGUGUGGAAGCGGAAGGUUCAAGAUAAGGGACAAAAAUAAUGAAUCUAUUUAUUUUUACACGGUUAAUAUUAAAACGAUUGGAGGCGUUUCACCCGCAAACCUUCCGCUUUUAAUGCAAGUGAAACUGAGAAGCCGUGGUCAUAUGCGUGUAGAUGUGUACAUAUUUGUAAAUCACUGGAGUAUUUUUGUAUAAAAAUGCGCAUUACCCAAAAUGCAUUAAGCUCCAGAUCGUGAGAAGCUGCGGUCUAUUUCCCGCGGAAACGCGCCGGUCCUUUGCCACGCCAGCGGAGCCUCCGGCUGCCGGCCAGCCGUCACCCCGCUCGACACGCGGUAAUCUGGUCAGCGUUUCGUCACGAUCUCCCCUCAGCUCCUGUGGUAGAGGAUCCGCACGAACAGAUAAUGUGAGUUUAGUUUAAUAAACUCACCAUCUUGGGUGCUCCAUCUUCCGGGUGCUGGGGAAGAUACGGGAUUGGUGUGCUUCUCCACCUCUUGGUUGCAUCUGGUGUUGUCAAAUAUGUAUUUUUUCCCCCAGUGGUAUUUUGAGAAACAGUGCAUUAAAUUAGACAAGAGGGUAAAUAUAUUACUGUAAUGAAAUAUCUUGUUCAGUGCCGUUUUUAAGUUCCCUUAAGUAUUUUAUGAAGACUAUUACCCUCUACGUUUUAUACUAAUAUUUUCAAUGUAAAUAAUGUUUUUCACUGCGACGCUGUACUUCAUAAUGGUGACGGAAGGUGGAUUGAUAGGAGGAUAAUGUCAUUUUAAUUUAAAAAUAAUGAUGAUAAUUAAAUUGUAUUAAUUCUAAGUGUACAGUUUGCAUAGAGAUUAGCAGGUGCUUUGUGUGAAUUCUGCCCUGGAUUAAAACCUAGUUCUGAUGAGGCUGUACUAAUUGUAUAAAUAUUAAAUAUUUGUCUAGUGACUCUUGUCUCUUGCGAUUGAAUCCUGAUAAACAUGGUAACGUAAAUGUACAGUUUAGUUUUUGACGUCUGUUUUUGUACUGUAAAUAUUUUAACUAUAUUAAUGACCUGUACUUAAUUUUAUACGUAAGAAUAAAAGUUUGUCUUAAAGGAAUAA